GCAGCGUUAGCUUCCUUCCUCCGUGGAGUGUUUGUAGAGAGGCUGAUGAUGUGUGAGUGUUUGCAGGGAGAAUGUGUUCAGUCCAGCUUCAAGGAGAGUUUAUCAGCGAGCAGUUAACUCCUGCUGAAGAAACAUUGACGGAGGUUAAAGGAAGAGAGAAAAGGCCCAAAGUGGAGAUGGACGAUCAGCACAGACUGCUGGAUUUCACCAGGAUCCCCCAGAUCAUCUUACACCGGAUAGACCGCCUCCAGGAUUAUGAUGGAAAAGAAGAGGUUUUCUCUGAGCAGUGGUCCUCUGAACAGGAAGGGAGAUCCAGAUUGGAUAAAGCGGAACCAGAACCUCUGCAGAUAGGAGAACAGCAAAAGCCAGAACAUCACGGGACAAGAGAGGAAACCAUGGAGCUCCUCAUUAGUGAGCACGAAGAGCAGCUUGUUUUGGAACAGAAUACUUUAAAUACUGGAAAGAAACCUUUACCAUGUUUGACAUGUGGAGAAGUGUUUCUAAAAAAAGACAAUUUAAUGGUUCACAUUAGAACUCACACAGGCGAGAAGCCUUUUGAAUGUCUGUCCUGUGGAAAAGAAUUCACUCAGAAAUCUGGUCUUGAAACCCACAUGAUAAUUCACACAGGCCAGAAGCCUUUCGAAUGUCUGUCCUGUGGAAAAGAAUUCACUCAGAAAUCUAAUCUUGAAACCCACAUGAGAAUUCACACAGGCGAGAAGCCUUUCGAAUGUCUGUCCUGUGGAAAAAAAUUCACUCAGAAAUCUAAUCUUGAAACCCACGUGAUAAUUCACACAGGUGAGAAGCCUUUCGAAUGUCUGUCCUGUGGAAAAAAAUUUACUCAGAAACAUAGUCUUGAAACCCACAUUAGAAUUCACACAGGCGUGAAGCCUUUCGAAUGUCUGUCCUGUGGAACAAAAUUCACUCAUAAAUCUGGUCUUAAAACCCACAUGGGAAUUCACACAGGAAAGAAGCCUUUCGAAUGUCUGUCCUGUGGAAAAAAAUUCACUCAGAAAUCUUGUCUUGAAACCCACAUGAGAAUUCACACAGGAGAGAAGCCUUUCGAAUGUCUGUCCUGUGGAAAAAAAUUCACUCAGAAAUCUGGUCUUGAAACCCACAUGAGAAUUCACACAGGUGAGAAGCCUUUCGAAUGUCUGUCCUGUGGAAAGAAAUUCACUCAGAAAUCUAGUCUUGUAACCCACAUGAGAAUUCACAUAGGUGAGAAGCCUUUCGAAUGUCUGUCCUGUGGAAAAAAAUUUACUCAGAAACAUAGUCUUGAAACCCACAUUAGAAUUCACACAGGCGUGAAGCCUUUCGAAUGUCUGUCCUGUGGAAAGAAAUUCACUCAGAAAUCUGGUCUUAAAACCCAUAUGGGAAUUCACACAGGCGAGAAGCCUUUCGAAUGUCUGUCCUGUGGAAAAAAAUUCACUCAGAAAUCUUGUCUUGAAACCCACAUGAGAAUUCACACAGGAGAGAAGCCUUUCGAAUGUCUGUCCUGUGGAAAAAUAUUCACUCUGAAACAAAGUCUUGAAACCCACAUUAGAAUUCACACAGGAGAGAAGCCUUUCGAAUGUCUGUCCUGUGGAAAAAAAUUCACUCAGAAAUCUGGUCUUAAAACCCAUAUGGGAAUUCACACAGGCGAGAAGCCUUUCGAAUGUCUGUCCUGUGGAAAAAAAUUCACUCAGAAAUCUUGUCUUGAAACCCACAUGAGAAUUCACACAGGAGAGAAGCCUUUCGAAUGUCUGUCCUGUGGAAAAAUAUUCACUCUGAGACAAAGUCUUGAAACCCACAUUAGAAUUCACACAGGAGAGAAGCCUUUCGAAUGUCUGUCCUGUGGAAAGAAAUUCACGCUGAAACAAAGUCUUGAAACCCACAUUAGAAUUCACACAGGAGAGAAGCCUUUCGAAUGUCUGUCCUGUGGAAAAAAAUUCACUCAGAAAUCUAGUCUUGAAACCCACAUGAGAAUUCACACAGGCGUGAAGCCUUUCGAAUGUCUGUCCUGCGGAAAGAAAUUCACUCUUAAACAAAGUCUUGAAACCCACAUUAGAAUUCACACAGGAGAGAAGCCUUUCGAAUGUCUGUCCUGUGGGAAAAAAAUUCACUUAGAAAUCUAGUCUUGAAACCCACAUAAGAAUUCACACAGGUGAGAAGCCUUUCGAAUGUCUGUCCUGUGGAAAAAAAUUCACUCAGAAAUCUAGUCUUGAAACCCACAUGAGAAUUCACACAGGUGAGAAGCCUUUCGAAUGUCUGUCCUGUGGAAAAAAAAUUCACUCAGAAAUCUUGUCUUGAAACCCACAUUAGAAUUCACACAGGAGAGAAGCCUUUCGAAUGUCUGUCCUGUGGAAAAAAUAUUCACUCUGAAAUCUAAUCUUGAAACCCACAUGAGAAUUCACACAGGUGAGAAGCCUUUCGAAUGUCUGUCCUGUGGAAAAAAAUUCACUCAGAAAUCUGGUCUUAAAACCCACAUGGGAAUUCAGACAGGUGAGAGGCCUUUCGAAUGUCUGUCCUGUGGAAAAAUAUUCACUCUGAAAUCUAAUCUUGAAACCCACAUGAGAAUUAACACAGGUGAGAAGCCUUUCGAAUGUCUGUCCUGUGGAAA